AUGGCGCCCUCCCUCCGCGCCCUCCUUCAAAACCUAUCCUCCCUCCUCCCCCACCUCUCCCCCAUCACCAACGACUUCACAGGCACAUCCUCAAGCCUCGCAACACCACCGACCACGUACGAACCACUCUACGGCGCGCCAAAGUGCCCAAUCGACGGCUCCGCCAGGAACGCAUGCUGCCACGUCUACCCCUCCAGUCGCCUCCUCCUCACCCAAUUCUGGGAUGACACCGCACACGCCGCCGGCGCAGAGGAGGAUUGGACGCUUCAUGGGCUAUGGCCCGAACCAUGCGAUGGAAGCUACAAAGCAUUUUACGGCACGGAGCCUCAGUUUACUAACAUCACCGAUAUCCUGAAGCAUUACGGUCAAGAUGACCUCCUGGCUUUGAUGGAGAGAUACUGGGUAGCAGCAUACGGCACAAACAACAACCUCUGGGCCAGCGAGUACAACACCCGCGCAAGCUGCAUAAACACCCUCUCCUCAACCUGCUACGACACCGCAUACGCCCCCGGCAUCGAAGUCGUCGACUACUUCACCCGCGCCUUCUCCCUCUUCCGCCAACUCGACACCUUCACGGCGCUCGAGAGGGCCGGCAUCACGCCCUCGACCUCCAAGCGCUACGCUCUCGCCGAGGUGACCAGGACGCUGGAGAGGCUGAGCGGCGGCCGCGUGGUGCUGCGGUGCUCCGGACAAGGGCGCGACGUGCUUCACGAGGCGUGGUACAGCUAUUCUCUAAUGGGGAGUCUGCAGACGGGACAGUUUGUUCCCGCGAGCGACCUGGGAAGCUACGGUGACGCGAGUAACUGCGCAAGGGAGGUAAGGUACCUGCCCAAGAAGUGCAAGGGCAACUGCCCGAAUGCGGAACUAUAG